GCGUGAAGGAUGGAGGCAGCGGAGAGCCGAGCGCCGCCCCUGAGCGAGGCGCCGGAGCCGGGCUGUGCCAGCGCUGCCGGCUGGCACCUCACCGACAGCACCCGCCUGCAGCGCUUCCUGUGCUUCGGCUCCCAGGGCAGCACGUACCACGUCAAGGAGCAGAAGCUGGGCUUUGAGAACGCAGAAGCUUUGCUAAGGCUGAUUGAAGAGGGCAGAGGCUGCGAAGUCGUUGAAGAAAUAAAAGCAUUUAGUCAAGAGGGCAGAGCGGCAAAACAGGAGCCCCUGCUCUUUGCCCUCGCAGUUUGCUCGCAGUGUUCUGAUGCCAAAACAAAACAAGCGGCGUUUAAAGCUGUCCCCGAGGUGUGUUGCGUACCAACCCAUCUCUUUACUUUCAUCCAGUUUAAAAAAGAUCUGAAGGAGGGCAUGAAAUGUGGCAUGUGGGGCCGUGCUCUGAGGAAAGCUGUUGCAGAUUGGUACAAUGGAAAGAAUGGCAUGGCUCUUGCUUUAGCAGUUACAAAACAUAAGCAAAGAAGUGGUUGGUCUCAUAAAGAUCUUCUGAGGUUGUCCCACCUAAAACCUGCCAGUGAAGGAAUUGCUAUAGUCACUAAGUAUAUUACCAAGGGGUGGAAAGAUGUCCAAGAAGCCUAUAAAGAGAAAGCAGUUUCUGCUGAGACUGAAAAACUCUUGAAGUAUCUGGAGGCUGUGGAGAAAGUAAAACGCACAAAAGAUGAAUUGGAAGUUAUUCAUUUGAUAGAGGAAUAUGGUCUAGUUAGAGAGCAUCUCCUGACAAACCAUCUGAAAUCUAAAGAGGUUUGGAAGGCAUUACUCAAGGAGAUGCCUAUUUCUGUUCUGUUGAGAAAUUUGGGAAAGCUGGCAGCAAAUUCAGUGCUUGAACCACGAGGUUCAGAAGUGUCAAUAAUAUGUGAAAAACUGAGAAAUGAGAAACUGCCAAAAAAGGGUAGAAUACAUCCCUUCCAUAUUUUGGUUGCAUUAGAAACUUACAAAGCUGGACAUGGAAACAGAGGGAAGCUUUGGUGGCGUCCUGAUGAAGACAUUUUAGAAGCUUUAGAUGCUUCAUUCUACAAAGCUUUCAAGACAGUGGAGCCAACAGGAAAACGCAUUGUAAUUGCAGUUGAUGUUAGUGCAUCAAUGACACAAAAGGUUUUGGGCAGUGUGCUCAAUGCCAGCACAGUUGCAGCAGUAAUGUGUAUGGUUGCAGCACGGACUGAGAAGGAUUCCCAAAUUGUUGCCUUUUCACAUGACAUGGUCCCGUGUCCAGUGACGGCUGACAUGACCUUACCUCAAGUUUUAGUGAAAAUGUAUGAAAUUCCAGUGGGUACCACUGAUUGUUCCCUUCCAAUGAUAUGGGCUCAAAAAACUCAGACAGCUGCUGAUGUCUUCAUUGUAUUAACUGAUAACGAGACCUUUGCUGGGAAUACUCCUCCUGCAAUGGCCCUUAGAGAGUACAGAGAGAAAAUGGGUAUUCCUGCUAAGCUGGUUGUUUGUGGAAUGACCUCCCAUGGUUUUACGAUCGCGGACCCGGAUGACAGAGGCAUGUUGGAUAUCUGCGGCUUCGAUACAGGAGCUUUGGAUGUCCUUCGAAACUUCACUCUGGAUUUGAUUUAAGUUUUUUAGGCAUCUGCUCUUCCCAGUGAGUCCAUUGCUGGCAACAGAUUUCACCCUGGGAACUCCCAGCUAAAUAUACUUUAUUAGCUUAUGGCAUAUUGUAUACAUAUCAGAAUGUUACGGGAGGUGGUGGCACUUCAAGCAUCUCUGACUAGAGCUUCUCACUAAGGUGUUUGUAAGGUUGAACAGAACUUCAGUCUCAUGCAAAUCUAACAGAUUCAGAGAAACUCAGCGCUUGCAUCUCUGGUGUCUAACUAACUGUCAGUAGCCAAUGAUACCCCUGCCAUUGGAGGUGGCAGCCCCAUGUCACCGCUGUCACCGUGGGACGUGGCGCCAUGCAGCAGCACACUGUGCAUUUGGACACUGCUGUAAUGGCUGGCAGUGCAGUCACAUCGCCCUUCAGAGUCCUGCAGCACCGCUGGCAGCCCUGCUCCUUCAGAAAGGCAUCUCCACUCCUCAGCCGCCUUCCUUGUAUCCUGCACGCUCCUUUUCCCAAGGCUGUCGGUUUCUUCCUGUACACACACUCAAAACUCUAGGUGGACUUCAUUCCCUGACCAGCCUGGGCUCUGUGUGAGCUGGAGCUGCAAAGAGCAUCAUCCCUUGUGUGAGAAGCACAGGAACUGUACUCUGAGUCCUGUGGCCCAGCAACAGCCACUCUGGAUCUGUCCUGGGGGUAAACAGGACCCCCUGUUAUGAUGGGAUGAUGGCAGGACCACAGUGUACUUUACAAACCCUCGGUCCCUGAGCUUCACCAAAGUCUUCCUGGCUAGCCUGGCCUGCACCACAUGAAUCACCCCACCCCUGUUGUCCUCAAGCUCCACAGCAUCCACUGCCUUGAGGAGACGGGUGGCUUUGCCUGGACCUGAAGAAGACACCACAACAGCAAACACUUCGUGUCAGCAUGCUGGACCCUGCUCUUGCUCUCCACCAGUGCUGGAGUCAGCCCAGACACCAGCUUGGCCACAUCCAGCUCCUCAGCAGGCUAAGUGAAGAGGGCCACAGUGUUGUCCAGCUCCUCAUGGACUUUGGAGUUCUUGUGCUGCAGGUACCCCUGCUGCAGCAGCAGACCCAGCACCUGCUAAGGACAUGCUGCCUCCAUCAGCCACAGGAGCAGGUUGUACUGCAGGAUGGCCAACUUCCUGUCCCCCAGGACUUCAGCAGCAGCACCAGGAAGCAGAUGGAUCACCUCCAGAGCCCUGAGCACCACCUUGGAGUCAUUGAGGGGGGUGUAGAGGAAGCUGAGGAGCCCUAGAGGCCAGACCUUGGCCUUUUAGGGCUGAGAAAAAAUUGAUUUCAAACAAUCCUGAAUGAAAAGGGGUCCAGGAAGGCUGGACAUUCUUCAAGGAUCUUAAAGAUGGAGGAACAGGCUGUCCUCAUGUGCUGAAAGAUGAGCCACUGGGGAAGGCUGGUUGAACAGGGAGCUGUCACGGGAACUCAGGGAAAAAAGACCUUUGGAAGAAGGGGUAGGAUGCUCUUGUUAGGUUAUGCAGGAAGGUUAGAAAGUGAAACCCCAGCUAGAAAUUAAUUUGGCCACUGCCGAAAUAGAUAACAAAAAGUGUUUUUACAAAUACAUCAGCAACAAAAGGAGAGCCAAGGAGAGAACCUCCAUCCUUUAUUGCAUGUGAGGGGAAGCAUUGCCACAAAGGAUGGGAAAAAGGCUGAGGUACUUGAUGCCUUCUUUGCCUCAGUCUUUAAUAGUCAGACCAGUUAUCCUUGGGAAGACAGAGACAAGGAACAAAAUGAGGUCCCUGUAAUUCAGGAGGAAACAGUGACCUACUGCUCCACUUAAGUGUUCAAAGGUCCCUGGGGUCAGAUGGAAUCCACCCAAGCUGCUCUCCGCCAUUUAUCAUCAAUCCUGGCUAGCCAGGGAGGUCUCAAGGUGACUGGAGGUUGGCCAGUGUGGCACCCAUUGAGCAGAAGGGCCAGAAGGAGGAUCCAGAAAACCACAGGCCUGUCAGCCUGACCUCAGUGCCAAGGAAGGUUAUGGAACAGAUUGUCUUGAUCACACAGCACGUGCAGGAGAGCCAGGGACCAGGCCCAGCCAGCGUGGCUUUAUGAGAGGCAGGUUCUGCCUGACCAACCUGAUCUACUGUGAAUGGUGACCUCCCUAGUGGAUGAGGUAGAGGCUGUGGAUGUGGUCUACCUGGGCUUCAGCAAAACCUUGGACACUGUUUCUCACAGCAUUCUCCUGGAGAAGAUAGGAGCCCGUGGCUUGGACAGGUGUACUCUUUGCUGGCUAAAAAACUGGCUGGACAGCUGGGCACAGAGUGGUGGUGACUGAGUCACAUCCUGCUGCUGGCUGCUCACCAGUGCUGCUCUGCAGGGCUCACUGUUGGGGCCAGUCCUGUUCAGUAUCUUUAUGGCUGAUUUGGACAAGGGGGUCGAGGGCACCCUCAGUCAGUUUGCAGAGGGCACCAGGUUGAUCUGCUGGAGGGCAGGAAGGCUCUGCAGAGGGAUCUGGACAGGCUGGAUCCAUGGACUGAGGCCAAGUGCUGGGUCCUGCCUUUGGGUUACAACAAUCCCAUGUAAUGCUCCAGGCUGGGGCAGAGUGGCUGGAAAGCUGCCCAGUGGAAAAGGACCUGGGGAUGCUGGUCCAGAGUGGGUGAACAAGAGCCAGCUGUGCCCAGGUGGGCAAGAAGGCCAAGGGCAUCGUGGCUUGGAUCAGAAAGAGUGGCAGCAGGACCAGGGAAGGGGUUGUUCCUCUUUACUUGGCACUGGUGAGGCUGAACCUCAAAUCCUGUUUGCAGCCAAGAAUUGGAACAGGCUGCCCAGGGAGGUGGUGGAAUCAUCAUCCCUGGAAGUGUUCCAAAACCACGUGGAUCUGGUGCUUAGGGACAUGGCUCAGUGGUGGACCUGGCAGUGCUGGGUUGAUGGUUGGACUUGAUCUUAAGAGCUCUUUUCCAACCCUCACGAUUUUGUGAUUUUUAUUAACUUUUUGUGAAGGGGAAACAAGAAAAGUGGAUGAGGAAUCUCUUUUUUUAUUUUUCCUGUUUCACACAAUUUAGAAUAACAGUGAGAAGUUUGCUAAAAGUGGUUACAGGGUUACAUAGUAUAUAAUUUAAUUUCAUUUAUAGUAGACUAUAAAUAUGGAGAGAUUUUUAAUUUCCCCCAUUGCUGUGGAAUGCUUAUUUGCAAGAAUAAAUUAAUGAAUUACUUUUAGAAUGGAGCUGGAAACAAAUGGGCUUAGUAUUUUUAAUAAUGGCAGUUUACCAGCAACUUCAUUGAGAGGGACUUUUCUUUGGGCUUUUUUAAAUCUUUGUAUUUUAAGUGUUAGUAAUGUUCAAUGGUUUCCAUGGCUAUGGUUAAAAUCUUCAAAAGAAGUUUUUUCUGGUAUGUAUUGAGACCAUGUGACUGUGAUACAGUGUAAAAGUUACCCAGGGACAUUUUAUACUGCUAAGACUGAAAGUGCAAGAGCUCAUGCUAAUCUUUUUCUCUCUCUGGAUUAUCAUCUGGGUUUUCAGGAAGAAAUAUAUCUUUAGAUAAAUUGAGGGGCAGUUUCUGCACAAUACCAUUUCAGAAGCACUAGUUUAGAAUUAAAAAUGCUUUACAGAAAGUUCUAAAAACUGGUUUUAGUAGAAAAAGACCUUGGAAAUGACUGGGAUGUCACAUUCAGUCCUUGUCACAACUUCAAGAAGCAUCAGCACACCUUCAGUGAGCAAGAUUAACAAGUGCAUGUGUCUUGGCCUACUCAGCAAAGCUGAGUGGGAACAACCAGAAACAAAAAGCUACUUUUUUUUUUUUUUUUUUUUUUUUUUCAAAAGAAUGUAUUCAAUGACUCAGAAACAAUCUUCCUAACAGGAGAGUAUUUCAUUUUUUUUAAAUCUUUUUGUAGAUUAGUGUUACUUCUGAUUUCAUAAAUUAAUUCAAGCUAACAUAUUUCAAAACUACCUCCAGUUUAUAGUGACCAAUUCUUAAAAGCUUUUAUGAACUGUACAGUUGCCUCAUUCGUGUUCACAAAAUCUUGUUUAGGAAGUGAUUGAAACUGGAUUCUUUAUUUUUAAUUUUUUGUUUUUACUCUGAUACUAAGAGUGUGGCAAGGAGAAAGCCAGUGAGUAUUCUACCACUUUGGAACAGAAAUUGAUAGCAAUUUGUGUGUAUAUGUAUUUAAUUCUGUGUUUUCUAUAUGUAUGUAUAAGGGGGAAGUUAAAAGAUCUCUUUAGUAGAUCAGUCUUACAAGAUUUGAAAGGUUUUUUAGUGAUGCUUUUACAACUUCCUCUAAAACAUAUGUAUUUCAUCCUCUUUUAUGCUAAUGCAGACUGUUUUAAAGAGCAAAUUUGAUGUUAAUUUGAAAGUAAUUAUGAUUUAUAAAAAUAACACGUUUAGUGUUAGUGGUAAAUGACACAUAAGACCAUAUUUUUCUGCCUAAAACCCAAGCUUUUAAAUGUAAAGUUGAAGUUCCUACUAUACUUUUGGUACUUGUAACACUUUUCAUUAUGCCUCAUUCCUAGUGAUUAUAAAUUCAAAGCUUGCAUUCUGUAGCCAGGAUAUCUCUUUUGGUGCUAAAAUAGGAUGUUAAAGGUUACUGAAGGUAUUCUGCUACUUACUUAACACUCUCCCUUAAUGCAUAAUCAAUCCAGUGAGGGAAGCCUCUCCUGACAUAAAGCAGGGCUAAAGGAACUGCUGGGUAGAGUGUUGCCUUUCAGCCAACAUGAAUUCAGUCACUCCUCAAUUAUCACUGCUCUCACAGAACAGCUCUGACAGAAUGCUUGGAGACACAGGACUGCCACCAGCUCCUCAGGUGAGUUCUAGAACAAACCAAGUGUUCCUACAAAAGCUAAGACACAGCACUUUGGGGUUUGCAAAAAGAAAACCAGCCAUUUCUCAUGAAAAAUUGUUUGUCGUUUUCAGCUUCUAAACAAAACACCAUGAAUAUGGGGAGUAAACUCAUUUGCUCAGUACAUGUUAAUAAUUAUUUCAAGUAAAUGCACUGGUGUUUUGGGGUUGGGGUUGGUAGUAAUGCAUUUUAAAUGACACAAUAGUCAAACAUCUGAUUGGGUGUUUCCUUGUAAGCUAGAGAUGUCAGAAAUAACUGAUAGAUGAGUAUCUUUUGCAAGUACUUUUUUCUUAUUUGCAGUAGUAUUUGUGAAGUAAUAGGAAAUAUUUUGGACUAAAUAUAAAAUGAAAACUUAAAACAGGUGUUUCAAGUAACUUUCAAGUAAAUUUAUUGCAAAUAAAAAUUAGAGUAGUUACUAACAGAUUGACUGUAUGGUUAUAGUGGUGUUGCAUCUUUGGAAGCAGUCCAGUUUAAAAUGCAAUUCCUUGAACUAGAGUGUGGAGGUAAAGAUGGACUUUUCAGUAGGAGUGAUAGAAAUUGUAGAUCCCUCUGUCUGUUGACACUGGGUAGCUGUGACCAAUGAUAAAAGGUAGUCAUCCCUGCUGGGGUACAGAAUAUGCUCCUAAACAUUUAUGGUGUCUCUGGACUAAAAACCUUGUCAGUGGUUUAUGUGAUGUAAAACCAGCACUGAUGGGACCAUGUUGCCAUCUGCUCCCCCUUCAAGAUUUGCACAGAGAGAGGACACUGAAGUAAAUGCUGACAGCUGAAAUUUUGUUGUAUGUGGACCUUUGUUUCUGGGAGUGUCUUUCUGGUUUUGCCAUUCUCUUCUAGUAAGGGGCAUGGAAGAAUGAUGCUGCAUAUUCCUUGUCCAUAGAAUGGAUCUUUUUUAUCUGCCCAUACACUGAAUUUUAGGGGACAGCAUGACUCACUUGCCAUAACAUGCAUUUGGCCCAUUUCUAGUCUUUAGUUAUUACACUGGUAAUUUCCAAAACAACUCUAGACAUGUAAAGAGGCAAUAAUUACUGUAAUGCUUGAAAAAAAAAUUAAAAAGUGAGCUAAGACAAAAUUUCUAAGCUUAAGCUUCAGUUCAGUGUACAAUAAACAAUCUAUCCUUUCACCAAAAAGGAGACUUUCAAAUUAGUAGUGGUCUUUGCAUUGGAGGAACACUGACUGGAAAAGCAGAAAAGGGGCUAUAAUUGUGCACUGUAGUUUAUCAGUAAACAUUGAGCAGGGACAAGUUUAAAGCUAGUUAAUUUUACUCAAAAUGCUGAAUGAAAAAAGGUCUAAAUGCACAGUGCAACUGUAGACCAGGCAAAUGCAGGUUUCCUGAUACCUAACAGUUAACUGGUUUCAGUUUGACUGCCAUUUCUCUGUGACCCCCUUGACAGCUGUGCAGCAUUAGACUAUUGUGUUGAACACUGUAAUGUUCAGGCACUUUAGCUUGAUGAAAGAAGAAAAGCAUGUCAUGGUUGGAAGCACAGCAGAAGUGAAACAUUUCUCCUGUAUGGAAUGAACAUCCAAGGUCAGGUUUUUUCAUGGAAGGGACACAAUCAAUGAUGUGGAGAGGGCAGGAGGCUCUUGAGUUUUUAAAAAUAAUGCAGUGAGCACAUCAGCAUUGUGUAAUAAAUUCAAUAAUGACAAUAAUAAUUUUGCCAAGAAAUAGAAUUUCAUGUCAGGGAUUUUAGACCUGGAGCAAACAGUAGGAGAGUUUGAGGUGCUUGUAGAAUUAGAUUGCAGUCCUCUGUGUUUCAACAAAGAGAAGUCUAAAGGUAGGUGUAGUUCUGAAGUCAGCAGGGCCAGUCUAAAUGCCCACUCUGUGAGGGCUGCUCAUAACUGACACUAAAAUACCUUGCUGCUUAAAACCACUGUUAAACCUGUUUGUUAAACACAAGUCUUAAGGAAGUUUAUGUUGUUUUUUCACAUUGCUGAUGUUACCUGAUGCCCAUAAACGGGUAUGGCUUUAAAAGGCUAUUCAACAAAGUACAUAUUCUUGGCUUAAAAACACAUCAGCAGUUUGGGAAAUGUAUUUUAGUAGUGGCUCUGACUGUAAAAACACUAUGAAAAUAUUUGUCUGAAUUGCAAAUACUGCUUAACCCUGUCGCGAGCUCACAGGCACCAUAACAGAAGCUUUAGUUUUGGUUCCAUUUGUUUUGUUUCUUCUUGUUUUGCUGUCCCCUUUUCUCUGUUAGUGUUGGGUUUUUUUCUCCAUUUUCAUCUUGUCACCUCAGGCCUAUACUUGAAUCUUUUUUCACAAGCUCUCAUCCAUUCCUUUUUUUUUUAUUUUUGCCUCUGUUCUUCUGCCUUCUUGUUGUCACAGAGUGUGCUGACUUAGCUCCCUGCACCAGAACUGAUGGCAUAGUAUUUCACGUUUUUAAUAAUGAAUACUUUUUCCUGUUCUUUAAUUAUAUAAAUCUCUCACAAAACAUCUAAUUUUGUUGUGUAUCUGUCAGAUUUUUUAGUAAAACUCUGUGUAAAAAUCAGUUACAAAAGUAUACCUUAUUUAUUACAAAAAUCCAACAUCUGCCUGUGAAUGGCUUUAUUUGAAAAAAGUAACAAUUACAAUUGGCUUUUCAUAUGUAAAGCUUUUUUUCUAGAAUUGGUUCAGUGAUUUGAAACUCUUCAUUCUUUUAAACAGUAUCAAGUUGCUGUCAUGCAGAAUUAGGAAAACAUUUAAAUUAAUACUCUGAAUAAAAAGGCAGCUUCUUUGCAGUAUUGACUAGAGAAAGUCUUCAAAGAAUAGCCUAUAGAAGUAAACCUAAGUAAAGAAUCAUUUGUCUUUCUUGUGCUUUUAAUCCUUUUAUUUAGUUUCUAUGAAAUUCCACCAGUUUCUAGGUUUAUUUUGCUGUCUGCAGUGGUUUGCAGUGCACAGAUAUGCUGCUGUAAGCAGCUGUUCUAAUGACUUUAUUGCUGAAAUGGUAGAGAUGUUUCAUCUUACCAUGACAGUGGAGUGUACAAAUGGCUGAGCAAGAGUUCUGGGGAAAAGGUAAAACACUGAGCAGGACAGUGUUUCAUGCAUAUGCUGCCCUGAGGGAAAUCAUAAAAGAUAAGCUAAUUUCAGCAGAAGCUAUGGUGUCUUUAAAUAUGUGUGCUUACAUAUCUGGAUUUAUGAUUCUGAUACCGCAAAGCGUGGUUUCUUUAGGUAUUUCUGCAUUCUGAAUUUAAGUUUAAAUAUAUAUAUUUGCAUAUAUAUGUGGUAUGUUGAGAACUUUUACAAAUGCUUCAUUAACAAAUAAUGAAUAUAAGUAGCUGCUUUCCUAACGUUACCAGCUUAAGAGUUAAGCACAACUAGUUACAAACAAAAUAACUUUUCAUUCUCCUGUAAAAGUGCAGUUCUACUCUUUAAAAAUAAUUCUGUAUUUAAAAAGCAACACAUGGGCACAUUCACAGCUCUGUGUGCUUCAUUAAAUAAUUCAGUGUUUGUUUCCAGCUUCUUUUGCUUCUUAGAAGCUUGGGAUUUAAGAUGGAUGAGCAGGUAUCCAUAUCUUCUAGUGGAUAAAUUUCAAUAUUUAGAUCCCAGGACAAGCAUAUUUUAAGAUAAACAGCUUUGUCCUGGAGACAAUGCUGGGGGGAAAAAAAGGAAAUUUUAAAUUACUAUUUUUGAGGUUCUUAAUUUUGGUGUUUUUUUUUUUUUUCCCCUAGAUUAGAACCACACUUUAACUGCCAUAUCAUGUUUAAUUAACUUAAGCAUAACAUGGCUUUGUGCCAUCCAGUAACAAAGGCACUGUCUUGCUGCUACUUUCUGUGAAAAUGUACACAACGAAAAAAAAAUGUUUGGAUGGGGAGCCUUAAUAUGGUUAAAAAGAAACAUAAUUAACCCUUUGAGUGCCUUAAGCUAGAUCCUGUUUAAUGAUGGGGCACUCACUUGGAUCUGCAGGCACACAGCUUCUUUCAAAGGCUGCAAGAGAAUUUGCCUUAAGUGACAAUGCCCUGGGAUUUCCAGAACUUGGAACUCAAAGGGUUAUUUUAGACUACUGGUUAAAAAACCAAGCCUCUAAACAGGGAACAAAAUGAAAAGGUCUUUGAAAAAUUCCUUUGCAUACUAUUGUUAUUAUUUGUACAUGAUGGGUUUUUCAGCUUUGGGGACAAAUUUACUGUUAAGCUUCUGGUAAAAACAUCGCUGGCUAAACAAUUCUACACAGAGAAAAAGAAUACUUGGUAUUCUUAUAUGACUGUGCAAAAUGAAUUGCUUUAUUAAGUGUAAAUUCAGAGAUGCACAUCUGUGUGUUUACCUUGAUGACUGUGUCCUAGCACAACACAGUAAACAGUAAAUAAUUAACACAGUAAACUGCAAUAAUUAAAAUGAAUCAAGGUCAAUGUGUUGAAUUAGCUGAUUACAUAUUAAAGAUGCACAAUGCAGGCAACUGUAUACUAAAGACUUUCUACAAAUUAUGCAGUUUAAACUUAGGUCAAACCUGCAUCACAAAAAUGAAGCUGUCAAGUUUAAAUGAUACUCUUGCCGUCCUAGUUAGCUGGAAUUAAAGAUUGAUGUUUUUUUCCCAUAAGGGGAAAAAGUAGCUUAGUUACAUGCAGUGCUGAAAGCAAUGGAAAUAACAGAAGUCUUAAUUCAUAAAAAGUGAGUACAAAAUUAAUUGACUAAUGUUCUUAUUCUAAUAUGUGCACCUUUAGUUGUGUAAAGGUCCCUUUAACUGAAGAAUGGGAUAUAAUUUUCUACUUGCAUAUGAACUUCCUUGAAAUAACCAAGAGUCUUGGCAUUGCCUGGUCUGGCUUUGGAUGUACAUUGUACUGAAACGAUGGAAUUUUAGUCAUUUCCUUUAGACAUUUAACUGAAAGUUAAAAUGGCUAGUAAACUGCAUUCUGACUGUAGAAUUUAAGUACUAAAUAAACUCUAUGCAUAUUA